AUGGACCCAGGGCCUCCGAUCUCAAGGCCCUCCGGCCCAGCACCCCUGCACUCAGCACUGUCGGGCUCAGCACCUCCGGGCGCAGUACCCACGGGCUCAGCACCUCCGGGCUCAGCACCUCCGGGCUCAGCACCUCCGGGCUCAGCACCUCCGGGCUCAGCACCUCCGGGCUCAGCACCUCCGGGCUCAACACCCCUGGGCUCAACACCCCUGGGCUCAGCACCCCUGGGCUCAGCACCCCUGGGCUCAGCACCCCCGGGCACAGCUCCCCCGGGCUCAGCACCCCAGGACUCAGCACCCCAGGACUCAGCUCCCCUUUGCUCAGCUCCCCCUUGCUCAGCUCCCCCUGGCUUAGAUACCCCUGGCUCAGCUCCCUCGCUCUCAGCACCCCCGGACUUGGCACUCCCGGACUUAGCACUCCCGGACUCAACACCCCCGGACUCAGCACCCCCGGACUCAGCACCCACGGAGUCAGCUCCCAGCUGCAUGAUGACGCCUUCCUAUGUAAGUUUCACGGCGGCCAGGUGGUGUGGCGCUGCGCCCGAGCCCACGACCUCCGCGGGCCCCCGCCACCCCAAGCGGAAGCGGGCCGCGAGCCGCAAGACGCGCAAAGAGGCAGAGCCGCAGAACGACGCCGUCCUCGGCGCCGCCCCCGUGGCCAGGACCCCCGAGCCCAGGAAGCGGAAGUUCAAGAUCAUCGAGACCAGCAGCAACUCCAAGGCGAGGGUUUCCGAGUCAAGGAAGACGCACAAGGGUCGGCACAAGGCGCCCGAGCUGCAGGACGACGCUUCCCCCUGCGCCGCCCCCGCACACAGGACCUCCGAGGCUAGGACGCCCGAUCCCAUGAACCCCGUGCUCAAGGCCUCCGCCGAGGCCAGCAUCUCCGAGACCAGGAUAGCCGCGGCCCCCCGCUUCUGCAAGCGGGCCGUGAGCCUCGAGACGUACAGGGAGACAGAGCCUCAGGACGACUUCUUCCCCUUGUCAGACAUGCGGUGA